AUGGCAAGCCUCGCUUUGCUAAAAAUUGCUAACCACGCAGUAGUUGACCUACCUGCACCUUCCAAUAUUUCCGUUUGAUGAAAUUUUGGAUCCCUCCUCGGUCUCUGCUUAAUCUCCCAACUUCUUACAGGACUAUUUCUUGCUAUGCACUAUACCUCCGAUAUCGCCACCGCCUUUUCUUCCGUAGCCCACAUUUGCCGAGACGUUAACUAUGGUUGAAACCUUCAUGCCAACGGGGCAUCUUUCUUUUUCAUUUGUAUUUACCUUCAUAUCGGACGGGGACUGUAUUACGGCUCCUACCUUUAUAAAGAAACCUGAAACAUCGGAGUUAUUCUCCUCCUCUUAGUUAUAGCAACAGCCUUUGUAGGUUAUGUACUCCCUUGAGGGCAAAUAUCCUUUUGAGGGGCAACCGUCAUUACUAACCUUUUAUCCGCCGUACCCUACGUUGGCGGAACACUCGUCCAAUGAAUUUGAGGCGGAUUUUCAGUCGACAACGCAACCCUAACCCGCUUUUUCGCUUUCCACUUCCUCCUCCCCUUCAUCGUAGCUGCCAUAACUAUGCUCCACCUACUCUUCCUACAUGAAACAGGCUCAAACAACCCUCUCGGCCUAAACUCCGACACAGACAAAAUUUCGUUCCACCCAUAUUUCUCCUACAAAGACCUUCUAGGGUUUGCAGGAGUAAUUAUUCUACUAACUUGCCUAGCACUAUUUGCUCCAAACCUGCUUGGAGACCCAGACAACUUUACUCCUGCAAAUCCUUUAGUAACUCCACCCCAUAUUAAGCCCGAAUGAUACUUCUUAUUUGCAUACGCCAUCUUACGUUCAAUUCCUAACAAGCUAGGAGGAGUCCUUGCCCUCCUGGCCUCCAUCCUAGUCCUCAUGGUUGUCCCCAUGCUCCAUACUUCCAAACAACGAAGCCUGACCUUCCGCCCAGUCACUCAGUUCUUAUUCUGAACACUUGUUGCAAAUGUAAUGAUUCUCACAUGAAUUGGAGGCAUGCCUGUUGAAGAGCCCUAUAUUAUCAUUGGCCAAAUUGCAUCUCUCACCUACUUCUCCCUCUUCCUAGUUAUUAUUCCCAUAGCAGCAGUCGUGGAAAACAAAGUACUAGGCUGACAAU